AGAUACGGUAAGGGAGACCCGAUUGAAGGCAUUGGUAGUUGUCAGCACGGAUUGGUUUGCUAUGGACCAACCAAAUUACUAAUUCUGCUAAAUGCAAAAAAAUCGAAUGGCAGUUUGAUUUCGACCGCUGAGUCCAAGGCUGGUUAGGCUGCAAAUAACUUCUUGUUCUCAAUGUUGGCUCCUGUGAGGAAUCAUUAUCUCUGGUGGUCGACAAGCCUUUACUUAGCAAACGUUAGCUAGUUAGCUAAAAUAUCCAAUCUCAAACAAAGGCAUAGUUGAUAAUGUCAGCGUCGCCCUUAAGUAAACGUUGCCCGGCAAAUUAUCAUUGGUUCUAAUAAACAACAACCCACCUAAAGACUGACGUUAGCAAUUUAGCUGUUAACUAGUUCUAUGCUUUCUAGCAUUUACAACGCUUUUUAGCAAGCUAACUGAUGCUAGCCUCGUUAGCUCACGAAAACAUCCUGUUAAUAAAACAGCCUGUUAAAGCAAGCCAGCAGCUGACCUAUAUCACCCAGUGUGGGUUUUCGUAUAUCACCUCAGACAUAACAUUUGACACAUUAACUUUAUGAUAUAAGUUAGCGUGAUGAGUUGAAAUUAAAAGGGCCGCUAUUGCGUCCCUGUUUAAAUAAUGCUUAACGUUAACAAUGAGUUGGCAACAGUAACGUUAGUUAGCUAGAUAACGUUUGGAGAGACCAGCAACCUUAUUUUUCUCUGGAUGCUCAAGAAGAGAGGAUUGUGACAAUAACAAGCUAUGGAGCAGUACACCACUGCCACCACUACUACUGGGGAGCAGAUAGUUGUGCAGACUUCCAAUGGACAGAUCCAACAGCAGGUCCAGGGACAGCCUCUGAUGGUCCAGGUGAGCGGUGGGCAGCUCAUCACAUCAUCAGGGCAACCCAUAAUGGUGCAGGCCAUGUCUGGGGGUCAGGGUCAAACAAUAAUGCAGGUCCCUGUAUCUGGAGCCCAGGGACUACAGCAGAUUCAGCUGGUGCAGCCAGGUCAGAUCCAGUUGCAGGGCGGUCAGACUCUCCAGCUGCAGGGCCAGCAGGGUCAGCCCCAGCAGAUCAUCAUCCAGCAGCCCCAGGCAGCCAUCACUGCUGGACAGAACCAGGGGCAACAGAUCAGCGUGCAGGGCCAACAGGUGGCACAGACAGCUGACGGACAGACCAUCGUCUACCAGCCUGUCAAUGCAGAUGGUACCGUCCUGCAGCAGGGAAUGAUCACAAUUCCAGCUGCCAGCUUGGCAGGUGCCCAGAUUGUACAGGCAGGGGGUGCCAAUACCAACACUACUAACAGCGGCCAAGGCACUGUGACCGUCACCCUGCCCGUCUCCGGUAACAUGGUCAAUGCAGGUGGAAUGGUCAUGGUAAGACCCUGUGCAGAGAUGGUGCCUGGAGGUGGUGGAGUUCCCACAAUGCAGCGUAUCCCCCUGCCGGGGGCUGAGAUGCUCGAGGAGGAACCUCUGUAUGUCAAUGCCAAACAGUACCAUCGCAUCCUGAAGCGAAGACAGGCCCGGGCCAAGCUGGAGGCUGAGGGCAAGAUCCCCAAGGAAAGGAGGAAAUACCUACACGAGUCUCGCCACCGUCACGCUAUGCAGCGUAAGCGAGGAGAUGGAGGACGUUUCUUUUCACCUAAGGACAAGGAGGAAAUGGCUUUGGCCCUGGCACAGCAACAUCAGGAUGCAGCCCAGGCAGCAGCAGAUGAGUCGGUGGCUCAGAUGAUCCGAGUCUCGUAGCACUGUCGCCAACAUCAUCACUUCUGUCUGUGAACUCUACCCUGCCUGAGACUCUUCAUCCGAGCAAACCCGUCUCCCGCACCUUCUCCUCUCACUUUUACUCCUUCCUGCCCCACCAUCGUACACCAAACCACUGCACCGCCAUUGGAUUUCUUCUGUUAUCUCUCCACUCCUACACAGGUCUUCCAGGGAGCUGGCCGUGUGGCUGCUGAGCCCUGUGGACUGUUCUGGUCUUCUUCACUGAAAUAAAGGAUGCUUCCAUGCUCAGCUUAUCUGGUCGAGCGCUUAGGACCAGCUUUUUAUUUUCAUAAAGAUUUGUUUGGACAAUAAUGAAACAUGAAGUUAUGGGUACCCUUGGCUUAGUCACGCAGAGGAAAUGACAGCUGUGAAACCAUACUCUGUCACACCCUGAUCUGUUAAAAAUAUGAGUUUGUCACCAGUGGAUACUUGUUGCUUUAAAUAUUUUUUGUAGAUGGUACAGAAUUCUUUUUCAGAGACACUCAUUAAGGGUUGAUGCUACACUGGUGUCCUAUAUCUUUUAUGUGAUGCCCUGUAUUUUGACAUUUCAUUUUUUCAAUCCAUGUACUGUCAGAUGGACUUAAAAGUCAAACCUGCAUCCACUGAGAAAAAACUGAAAUAUGAUACUAAUGAAGAAUUUUUUUUCUUCCCCAGUGUGUAUCGGAUGUCCUUAUCAAUUUGCCCAAUUCUGUGGAUGCAUUUUAUACAAUUUUGUGGUUAGAAAUAGUGUUUCUUGGAAAAAUUGACUCAUUGUUGCAUCACAGUAUACAUUAUAUCCAUGUAGUACUUCUUCAUUGGUCAGUCAAGUGUUUAAUUUUUUUCAUUGUAGGUUAUAGAUUUUUUUUUACCCAUCCGAUGCAGUUCUGCAAUGUUAUUAUUGUUUUUUAUAAUGAAAAACGAUUGGACAUUUAAUUCAUGAAACCUAUGUCAAUUAAAUUUUAUUAAGUUA